GGAGCAGCGGAGCAUCCCCCCGACCCCGCAGUCCUCGCCUAGACCUCCGGCGCCGAUUCGCUGGUACUUGAUGCGGGCGCAUCGGAUCUGUCUUUGCUUUCAAAGGGGAACUGGGACCCCCGGGGUCCUCUCGCCACCAGAGAGCAGUUCUAUCAUUUGUGCAAGCUUUCUGAAGCAAACUGAGAUCACAGAAAGAGUCAUUCUUAACCUUUGAAGACCAAGACUAAAGUGAAAUUUAAAAUGUUCUUCAGGGAAGAACGAAGCUUGACCUACACUUUGGUGAUAAUUUGUUUCCUGACUUUACGGCUGUCCGCCAGCCAGAAUUGCCUCACCAAAAGUCUAGAAGAUGUUGUCAUUGACAUUCAAUCAUCUCUUUCUAAGGGAAUCAGAGGCAAUGAGCCCACAUAUACAAUAACUCAGGAAGACUGCAUUAAUUCUUGCUGUUCAACAAAAAACAUAACAGGGGAAAAAGCAUGUAACUUGAUGAUCUUCGACACCCGAAAAACAGCCAAACAACCCAACUGCUACCUGUUUUUCUGUCCCAGUGAGGAAGCCUGUCCACUAAAACCUGCAAAGGGACUUAGGAGUUACAGGAUAAUCAGAGAUUUUCCAUCUUUGACCAGAACUGAUUUGCCACACCAAAAGUUAGCACAAGAAGAUGAUCUCUUCCAUGGCCAGUCUUCACAAGCGGUCACUCCCACUCUCCUUCCUCUGACAGGUAAUUUGAAGCCUACUGAUCUCUUAUGGAGAGAUGCACUUUCUCAGAAGUCUGGAUCCCCGGGUCACUUGGAGAAACUAUUCAAGACUGAUCAAACGACUACACGGGUCUCUGUUUAUAAAGAGAAUGUCCAUUCUCAGAAUUCACAGUUUUCCUCAGAACUAGAAAUAGCUCAUCCACUGCCUGAAAAUGCAGCUACCUUCCCAGCUCCAGGGGCUGCUGCUGCUUCUCUGCCUGACACCUCUGCUCCUCUGAAACCUGCAGUUCUUCUACCGACCAGUACUUCAGUGAGACCCUCUGUGACUUUCCAACCAUGGGUGGUCACCACAGCUCCACCUGUAACCACUGUCACCUCUCAGCAGACCAGAGCCCCCAUUUCUACGGUUUUUACACAUGCCAUGGUUACACCUCAAGUUAAAAUUACAGCAGCGGUUCCAAUUACCAUCUUUCAAGCAUCUACAGGCUUGACAGGCACCUCAGAAACUGUGUCCUUUAGAGAAAUGCUGACUUCAAACAUAAGGUCUGGGCAUAAAUCUGCUACACUUUCUUUGUCAAAUGUGGAGUCUUCUGCUACAAAUAAAACUGCUUUUCAGGACAAUGGGAAGGCCAGCGUAGGUGGUUCAUCACUAAGCAGAGUUCCAGAAAGCCCAUAUAGCCUUCCAUUUGAAAAGUGGCUCCUCAUGGGUACCCUGCUCUUUGGUGUUCUGUUCCUGGUGAUAGGCCUCAUCAUCUUGGGCAGGAUGCUCUCAGAAUCCCUCCGCAGGAAACGGUACUCAAGACUUGAUUACUUGAUCAAUGGAAUCUACGUUGACAUCUAAAGGCAAAAGUAGCUAUCUCUUGAUUAUUUAUUAGUUGGAAGCCAAAUGCAGUGAAUUUCUGCUGACUUGCUGGUCUCAAUAGGAGAUUGUAUUCUGAAUACCAGAAAAUGUCCCUUACCAAUUUCCUUUUGCUUGUUUUUUUUUUUUUGAGAAGGAGAAAAGAAACUGAAUUAGCUAAUUUGAAUGAUAUGUCUCUGAAAUACUGACUGAAAAUAAAGCUCUACCUAAAGUAAUAAAGUGUGAUUGCCAUAUAAAUUGGGAAAUUCAGCUGGCUUUUUGCAAGGAAUAAAGGUUAGGACGUCUGGAUUCCAAUUUGUUAAUAUUUCUGGUUCCAGAUAAAGUCGACUGUUUAUGAUAUUAGUUUUAAUGGAUUUGAUUUUCUUUUUAUAUGAAUUCCAAUAAAACUUAUUCCAGAUGUAUUUCCUUCCAAUUAAAUAUUUGAAUAAAUCUUUUGUUACUCGGUAAUGUUCUCGAAAGUGACAUGUCCAGCUGGAUAACUUUCAGUUUAUUCCCACCAGCAAUAUGAUGAAAUGAUGAAAAUAUGUGUUCCAAGUUAAAAUGACAAAUCCUUCUUUUCCCGUCAAGGAGCAAAGAGGUUCCUCUGGGAAACUUUUAGCAGAAUAUCAGCCUAUAUGGAGACAACAAUUAAAGCCAAUUCAAAUAAAUGGCCAAAUCCA